AUGUUCCCAACCAAGCCUUCUCAAUCCGCCAUGCCCACCGGCAAACACUAUAUCGGAUGGUGGGGGAGCAUGGGAGGGCCUAAGCAGAAAGGCAUCGUUCAAUAUGCUAUCUCGCCCUACCGUCAAAGUCCCAUGAAAAAUGUGAUCAGCCAUUCCCUAUUCCAAGGGUAUCGACGAAUUGUUGUACAGGUGCCUUACUUUGCAUUUCCAUUUGCUGCUGCCUACGGUUUGAUUGCCUGGGCAGACGCAGACAAUGUGUACCGAAACACAAAGGCCGGGCAUGCGGCCGGUUGCUUUCCUUGA